AUGGACAGAAAGGUGGAUACCGUAAAACAAGAAGAGGCUGUACGAGUGAUUAGUUUGAUGCGUCCUACGGCGGAUCGUAUACGUCGCGAAGAGGAACAGAAACUAGGCAUAGUUAUCAUUGAUGCAAGAUAUGGUCAAUCUGAAUCAAGUGGUUCCUCAUCAUACGUCAUUGCUGGAGAUAGAACUAUUGAUGUCACCAUCCCUCUUCAAGCUAUGGUUAAUGACUCGCAGCUGAGAAUCUUUUCGGUCAAGAGCCAGUUGCCGGGUUUUUAUGACCCCUGUCCAGGUGAACCAAAAAUGUUGCAUGUACGAUACAAGUUCCGGGAUGAACCUCAUGCUGUAACCGUCGCUGAUGAUAUGCCCUUGCAGAUUCCAACAAAAUGUUAGCU